AUGUCCGAAUCGACAACACAAGGCGCCUCGAAUCGCCAACGACUACCUCGCUAUCCAGGCGAGGAGCCUUUGCAACGUAGGACGCCGGGUAACGAUGAGGCCGCUCUGAACAUGGCCAAGCUAGCACUGCAAGCCAAGUAUCGACUCCGUCAGAAGAGGAUCGAAAAGUCUGAAGAAGUGGGCGAGGGAGCAACUGCCAAGAAACAAGAGGAGGCGAAACACGACAACAUCGAAAAGGACCGGCCAAGCCCUGUCGUCGACGUCGAAACAACCACAGGCACGGGUAAUCAUGCUGAGACCAAACACGAAGAUUUGAAAACGAUCGAGGAAUACAUCGAUGACCUGAUCCCUUGGCCGGCCAUGCCCUCUGCGUGGGCCGACGAUCCCGACACCAGGCUUCCGCUCAAGUCGAUGUACGAGGGGAGUGGUGAGUGGCCCAAGAGAACUGUUCAAGGAAGCAAACAAUACUCAUGGAGUAACAUUGGACAUCCCCGCGACAAUUCAUUGAUCGUCCCGGAUUUUGAAGAAGGCACCCACAUCGACUCCGAAGAAGCUUCCAUAAUGGAUCUUGCGAAAGACGUGAACAACAUCCGAUCCAUGCCCCCGCAUGAGAUCGCUGACGGAACAGUGAAUUGUCUACAAGAGAACAACCGUACCAUAGAGACUUUCAAGGUGCACGGACGGACCGUCUCUCGGGUCAAAUUCAGUGAUGUGGAUGUCUUCGGCGAGGGUUCUCCAUACAGCGCCUCUAAAGUGUCCCGGGCACUCGAACGGAAGAUCAACAAGGAUUUUGGAGCCCAGCCCGACCUUCAAAUCGAGCGAUGGGUGACGACCCAUGUUCUUCUUUGCAAAGCCGGGCAGAUCGGGGGCAGGACUGAUCAGUAUUGGAAAGAGGCCCGCAGCCUAGCACAGCAACAGCUAUAUCUCAACCCUGAUCUUGAAAACAAAGUCAGACAGCAGAUGGAGGCCGGCGGCCAUGACAAGGAUCCAGCCUUCUUUAAGAUGUUGGAGAUUGUGAAGGAAGGCUGCCCAACCAAGGUCUUCAACCCUUACCAUCAGGCCAAGAGGAACGACUACGCCACAGACAACAAGUUGCUUUAUAACAUACAAAAUACUGACAUUGUCCUGGUGCUGGACCAGUCAGACAACAUCAUCCUGUUUCAGUGCAGCGAUGUAUUUAAGCAGCUUCUUACAAAAGCUAUUCAAAAGCUCGUUGUCCAAUCGUUCGAGACCUACAGCUCCCGCACUCCUGUACCGUUCCCAGAUAUGACACGACACGGUUUACAUUGGAUCGCAUUUCUCCGGGAGAGACCUGACCUGGACUUUCGAAACCCGAACAACGAUCCACGAUUGGCUAAAUCGGGCGUAUUCCAUAUUGGAGGCCGCUGUGAAGUAGGUGAUCCGAACGGGCGUAACAUGCCAGCUCCCACCAAAGACAGUGCUGGGAAGAGAGUGCCUGAACAAGGCAACGUUCUCCACCAAUUGGUGAAACUGCGCUAUAGUGCAUUCGGCGCUUGCACCGAAAUUAUCAACUUCUUCUUUCAGAUCCUCGAACCAGGUCUGCUGCAGCAGUACAUUCGCGUCGCAAACGAAGUGAGUAAAUUGGACACCGUGCCUUUCCAGACAAGGCGGUCAGACGAGCCAUUCAUGAUGCGAGCGUUGCUUGUCAACCUGAUGACAUACGAGCACAAAGACACCGGAGACUGGCACCGUGGGUACGCGUUCCUCGUGCCCGUCGGCGAUUUCAGUGGAGGGGAUCUCGUCGUCCGAGAAUUGGGUCUGCAAAUCGAAGCCCCAUCGGGCUGCUUGCAGAUGUUCCGAGGGCGCGAGCUGCGGCAUUCAAUCACGAAGUGGACUGGCAGACGCUUUGUGUGCGUGACCGUCACCCAUGAAGCUGUCCGCAGGUGGGCACUCCGCUCAUUGGGUGAAGACUUUACCGAAUCUCGCACAACUUCCUUGCCAUCAGUCAUGGCAGACUGUAUCGACCAGGAGCCGGAGGACGUCGUGCCGGAGUACCAGCGCUCGGAGAAGGAGCUGUUACCCGAGGUCUUCGUCGAUGAAGAAGAGCUCGACAUGUCUCCAUCUCGCGAGUCGGAGGCGUCGCUACCGCCAAAGUCUGCUCUGCAAGCAAGGUCUAAAUCUAACCUCAAGACGGACAGUACAUCUGACGCUUCAGCGGAGGCUAGUGAAGAGGCUGUUCCCGUGGUCAAAGGGCGGAAGAAGGACUAG